CAGUCGUGUAUUUCGUCGUACCGUUCCACCCUUGGCCGAAGAUCGUCCCUCAUCUCUACUACAAACCGAACCAAAGUAGGCUGCGCCCACAACAUUCAGUCGUCUUGCAUUUGUGUCAUGAGUCAGGCGCUGGCCGCCUCCACUUAUAUGACUGUAAACAUUUGCUCCUCCCCUCUUCAUGUCCCAUCGCCACUUCUUCAAAACCUCGUUUCGAUGGUACAGAAUGUACAUUCGCUGGAUUGCCUACGCAUGUCUACUUUUUGUCGUGGUGUCGCUAUGGAACCUACGAAAGGAGCAAGUCUCUCACAUCGCCGUCACCAAAGGACGCUUUGACUGGUCUACGGCCACCAUCCACUAUCCUCUUUCCCUCACGACUACCCUCCCACACGAUAGACCGAAACCAUUACGCCGCAUACAGCACAACUUCGGUCGAGUCUCAAAGACGACGGCUGAUACGCAAUCACAGCGGCGCGAUGUGGUCCGCAAUGACUUCUCCAAAUGUUGGAAGAGUUACAGAAGGUUUGCAUGGAUGCAGGAUGAAUUACUACCACUCAGUGCCACGAGCAAGAACAAUUACGGAGGAUGGGCUGCUACCCUCAUCGACUCACUCGAUACUCUUUGGAUCAUGGGUUUCAAGGACGAGUUCAAGGAAGCAGUCAGAGCGGUAGCAACCCUCGACUUCAACGACACACCAGAGUCGUCAUGUAAUCUUUUUGAGACCACUAUCCGCCACUUGGGCGGUCUGUUGUCAGCCUAUGAUCUGAGCAAGGAGCCUGCAUUGUUGGCCAAGGCCAUUGAACUUGGCGACAUGCUAUACAUGGCCUUCGAUACCCCUUCAGGACUGCCUCCCUUUUGGCUUGACUUCGAAAAAGCAAAGAUCGGACUGCAGGUUGCCGGAACCCAUGAGCCAUCUGCUGCUUCUGGAACCCUGUCGAUGGAGUUCACGAGGUUGACACAGCUCACACACAAUCCAAAGUACUACGAUGCCAUCUCGAGAGUGACCAGUCUCAUGGCCCAGACUCAAAAUCAAACCAAGUUGCCUGGCUUAUGGCCCUCCUAUUGGGACCUAGCCAACAAAGACCUCACCUUCGAUAACACUUUUACGCUUGGAGCCCUCGCUGAUUCCCUCUACGAAUAUCUACCCAAAAUGUACGCUCUCCUCAGCGGGCUAGACCCCCUUUAUGAGCAGAUGUACAAGCAUGCUGCGGCAACCAUUAAGGAGAAUCUCCUUUUCCGGCCCAUGGUACCCGACCACGAUGACAUUUUAUUUUCUGGAACAGCCUGGGUUGAUGAAAAUAACUUUCGUUUCAAUCCAGAGGGUCAACAUCUAGCCUGCUUUGUUGGUGGUAUGUUUGGCUUGGGCGGUAAGCUCUUUGCUAUUCCCGAGCAUGUUGAUCUGGGUUUGAGAUUAACAAAUGGCUGUGUCUGGGCGUACCGCGCCUUUGAGGCAGGCAUCAUGCCUGAGUACUUCAACAUGGCUGUGUGCGACUCACUGGACGGGUGUGCCUGGGACGAAGAAAGAUGGCGUCGGGAGCUCGAGGCAGACAGCCAUGGUUACGACGGACUACCGCCAGGAUUCACCAACGCCCGUGCGCCAUCAUACAUCCUUCGCCCUGAAGCCAUUGAAAGCGUCUUCUUAUUAUACCGAAUGACUGGACGAGAAGAGCUGCAGGAGGCUGCUUGGGAAAUGUUCCAAUCCAUUCAAAAAGCCACCGCCACGGACUACUGUAAUGCUGCCAUAGAUGAUGUCAAUUCGAGCUCUCCAAAACAGCGAGACUCCAUGGAAAGCUUUUGGCUCGCCGAAACCCUGAAGUAUUUUUACCUAAUAUUUUCACCACCGGAUGUCAUUGAUUUGGACGAGUGGGUACUGAAUACAGAGGCCCACCCACUUCGAAUACCGAAGUGAAUUUGUAUAGAGAAAGAAACUUUGGGAUAGAAAUAAUGGGUUGCAUAUGAUGCCAGAGUCAAGACAGCAUAUCAAGGUCUGAAAGAAGUUUGGUAUAUGCUUAGCCAGCUCUCUCACGAAUCAAACUAUCAAGACAUAGGGCCACCUAUCAACAGACAAGAAGCACCGUGGUGAAGAAACAGCCUCUCGGUAUUGAUAUCUAGGGAUAUUGGUACGAUUGGACCAAAGGGAUCAUGAUAUCGCCGUCCAUAGC